CUGACAUCCUUGCUAUGUUUUCCGACUGCCAUAAGGUCCUUGUCGAACUAUGAACUAUAAGAUAGUCCAAUAAGAUCUUUUAUCCUUUUUGGACUUCUCUACUGUCGAACUGUAAUUUAUCAGACAAUAAAAGUUUAUCGGACUCGGUGACUGUUUAAUCAUAAAAUAGUCACGCGACGCGAACAAUCUUUGUCCGGAAAUGACUCUACCACUACCAAUACCACCGUGUGCCAAAAGAGAUGGACUCAGUAGUUUAGGGUGUGAACGUUUUGAAUAUGCUAGUAGUAUGGCUACUACAUUAUUGGCACCCGUAAAAACAGAACGAGAAAUCCUUGAGCAUUCCAUGUCGGAAGAUGAUCCUAAUGCCAAUACCCAAUUAAUGAGUGAAAGAGGUAAACAACCGAGAUGGGGUCCGCGGCAUCGAGGUGCUCAAGAGCUUGCCGAGUUAUACAGUCCAGGAAAGAGACUUCAGGAAUGGGUGUGUGUGGUGUUUUGUUGCACAUUAACUGUUUGUGCAGGGCUGCUCAUGGCCCGAUAUGUCAGAGCAGAUGCGUCACUAUUCUUUGCAGCAAUAGCAGGAGUGUUGACUGCAGACUUUGCCUCUGGCUUAGUGCAUUGGGCAGCUGACACUUGGGGAGCUGUAGAUUUACCUUUAAUUGGCAAGAACUUUUUAAGGCCAUUUCGUGAACACCAUAUCGAUCCUACGUCAAUUACGCGUCACGAUUUUAUAGAAACAAAUGGCGAUAACUUUGCCAUAACAAUACCUGUGCUGGCGAGGAUUGUAUGGCAGCUGCUAACCUACGAGCCCUAUCUCAUAGCACAACAAUUUCACUGGAUCGCCUAUUGGUACCUAUGCUGUAUAUUUGUCGCCAUGACUAAUCAGAUUCACAAAUGGUCACAUACGUACUUUGGUCUCCCGUUGUGGGUCGUGUGCCUGCAAGAGUGGCACAUAGUGCUGCCUCGCCGCCACCACCGCAUACAUCAUGUGGCGCCGCACGAGACUUACUUUUGCAUCACCACGGGCUGGUUAAACUGGCCUCUGGAGAAGCUGCACUUCUGGUCGACAUUGGAGGGCGUCAUAGAGGCGCUCACGGGCUGCAAGCCCCGCGCCGACGACAUGAAGUGGGCUCAGAAGCGUUCCUAGGACCGGUUGUUUCUCUUGUACUUUUCUACAGGCAACUUGUCCUCAACUACAUAUAAUUGUUACUGUUAAUACCGAGCCUUAAAUUUUGCUAUGAAAUAUUUUAAAAUUAAGUAUAAAAUGCUUUAAAAUACAUACAUAGUUACGUUUUAGCUAAGUAAUUUAUUUAAAUCAUAUUUUAUGGAAAGAAUUGAGUAAUAUUUUAUUUACACAAACGGUGAAAAGGUAAAUAAGCUAAAUAUAAAUAAA